GUACGCGGAGGAGAUGUCGGCGGGGAGGACCCAGAUAGAGUAUUGACGUUAUUCUAGGCUGUACGCAAGAGAUAUUUCUCAUCAGAGCUGCAGUGAACUAUAGAGCAAAGAAUGGGAAGGAGUAUACGUGGUGCUUCUUACGCUGAAAGUCUGGCUGUCUCCACUGAACACCGACUUUUGCUUUUCAGCUGUAUUUUCAGGAGGGACUAGCUUCGGGACAGCAAGCAAGCUAGCACGCAAGCAGUACAGGCUAGCUUCGCAGCGAAGCUAGCUUGCUAGCAAAACUGCUGCUUUAUUGUGGCCCGCAACGAAACCUCCCAGCUAGCAUCCGUCGCAUGCACAGAAAGAAAAAAUGGUGUACCUGUUAAAUCCUAUAGAGAACCUGAGAAGCUACAUCAACAACCGUCCACCGCUGGUCAUUUUUAUGAUCAGUGUCAGUGCAGUGGCCAUCGCCUUCCUGACCAUCGGUUACUUCUUCAAGAUCAAGGAGAUAAAGUCUCCAGAGUUGACAGAGGAUUGGAACACCUUUCUGCUGCGCUUCAAUGAGCUGGACUUUUGUGUGUCAGAGAAUGAAACGAUAAAGCAUGGUCUGAACGAGUCUACCACGCCAGAGAGCAUGGUUGUGACCAGCGGCCAAGCUCGUUCCAGCACCCAGGUUCCCCUCCUGCUGGAGGACUCUGGUCCCAUCAACAUCUCAGUCCCCAUCACCCUCACGCUGGACCCCCAGCGCCCGUUUGGAGGGUACUCUCGCAAUAUCACACACCUGUAUGCCACCGUGCUGGGACAACAAGUCGGCCUAUCUGGCCGGGAAGCCCAUGAAGAAAUAAACAUCACUUUCACCCUGCCUGUAUCCUGGAACUCAGAUGAGUGUGUGCUGCACGGCCACUGCGAGCAGGUGGUGUUCAGCACUUGCAUGACCAUCACAGCGGCCAGCAAUAUCUUCCCAGUCACAGUGCAGCCACCACACUGCGUGCCAGAAACGUACACCAAUGCCACAUCUUGGUACAAGGUGUUCACCACAGUCCGCGACUCAGAUACCAAGUACAGUCAGGACUACAACCCCUUCUGGUGUUACAAAGGAGCCAUCGGCAAGGUGUACCACGCACUCAACCCAAAGCUUACUGUCAUCGUUCCUGAUGAUGACCGUUCCCUCAUCAACCUGCACUUGAUGCACACAAGCUACUUCCUGUUUGUCAUGGUCAUCACUAUGUUCUGCUAUGCAGUCAUCAAGGGGCGACCUGGCAAAGUACGACAAACCAACCCCGACUUCUGCCCUGAGAAGGUACAUCAGACACCAGCAGUGCUAUAUGACGAAAACAGGUGGCGUUGUCAGAGGGUUAAAAAGACAGAGAGCCAUGUCAGAACUUACCUGUAACAUGGACAAACUCAAAGAAACAGAAGAAAUAUAAAUAAACAUACCAGUUGCCUAGUGAACCUUGGAAAUACAAUAAGGGGCACAAAAGCUCUGUGAAUGCAUUACUCUUGCAAUGUUGGGUUUUUCCAACCAAAGAUAUACAAGUGCCUGUAUCUGUCGUGUAAAUAUUUGUAGGAACUCUGAUAUUCUGUGCAAAACCUUUUUCUUUUUGUUUAUUAUUAUUAUUUUGCCUGAGUCCCCUUGUGCCAUGUCCGAACAUGCAGUACAUAAACAAAGCAGAAGGCCAGACCUUAUAACUACACAGCCAGUCAUUCGGUCUCAUUUACCAAGCAAGAUUUUUUUUUAAAAGUGAAGGUUAAAGGAAACAUUGGCUUUUAUCACAGUUAUGAGUUUUCGCUGUAAAUGUUUGGAUAUCUCAAAACCAUCUGGAAACAAAGUAUUUUUAUCUCCCAUGAUGAGAAAGCAUGAUGUUUAGUCACUUGAAAUAUGUUUAAGUGAACUAAAUAUGCUUAAAUACUCAGGUUGGGAUAAUUGCUUUAGAAUGAGAUGCUUGUGACACAUUGAUGAUUCAAUCUUUAGUAUAAACUUGUCAUUGUGGCUUCAAUAGGGAAGAGAGAAAUAAUAUAGCACUUUUCUCUGCACCAGACCCAACAAUGUCAUCAAAAGAAUUAAAAAGAUUUUGGACAUUGCAUAAGGUCUAUUAAAAAGUAGCUCUUAGUUUAUAAUUGAACUCUCAAUUAUAUUAGGUGUUCACCUGGUUAAUAAUUAUGUUUCCCUUUGUGCCUGCAAUGUCAGUAAACAAGGAGUGAAAUAUUUAGAUUACUGCACUGUGCACAUUAAUAUAUGACCAGAAUACAACGCCAACAGUAAAGUUAAUGAGCCCCUUUGUAUAUCCGAGUAGGAUUAUCAGUAAGUCUAUUUUAAUGGCAGUUAAAAUAAGCUGCAGAACUUCCUGUGGUCUGUGUUGAAAAAUAUUUUUGUUUUUUACUUUGAGACAAGUAGAUGUCAGACAUUCUUGAUUAUGAUUUUCUGCCUUUUGUUUUCCUUCCUCUGUGGCUUCAUCGCUCACCUGCCUCUUGUCUUUUAUUUACUGCCUGUCACUCUUCGAGACUUAAUUUUCAAUGCAGUCUUCUUUGUUGCACCUGGAUGAAGCAAAACAUUAUCUUGCCUUACCUGCGGCAGACUUGCUUGCUUGAAAACAGAUGGGGGAGAUCAUCUCUCUUUCCGACAUUAACUUGCCAGUCCCUUCUUCCACAGCCAUCCAUCUCUUUUUGUUUCUUCCAGUAUGACGAGCCUGUGGUUUGAAAUCGAACUUGUGAUCUUUGUCCUAUUAUUGUAAAUGUCAAAUGGCAAUUGAGUUAUUAUAUUUUAGGAUGCUUUCAAAUUACUUGUACUUUUGUUUUAAGCAAAUCAUUGUCAGUUGCACGUGUUCAAGUGUUUUCAUAGUUAGUGCACCUUCAGAUUUUUUGCACAUUUUCUGUUAUUUGUUUUUUGGGCGGGGGUUUGAAUUUUUUUUAUUUAUUAUUUUUGUUUUUUGUCCAAGGUUACAUGUUAUCAAUUUGGACUUCUUAUAAAAAUAAAUAUAAUUAUAUAUUGGUAUAUAUAUUUAUGAUUAAAUCAUUUAAUUUUUAUUAUUUUGUAGUACAACAAAAAAUGUGCAAAAACUCACUUGGUGUGCGCAUGUGUGUCAGUGAGUUUGGGAAAUGUUUAGAUAAACAAAGGCGGCUUUAGACUGGUUCUCUGAAAGUGUCUCAUAUUGAAAAGAUACCUUUGGUGUAAAAGAAAUUCUUUAGUGCACAAGUCUAACUUGAAAUUUUUUAAGAAAGCGCACUUCCCCUGAUAUAGUACAUUUUCAUGUGAAAUGUUGUGACUCAUAGUGUUGUGCUCAAACUAACUGUAGCUUUAAGGAUGAACUUCAUGCUCUUCCAAUGGUUAUAUUAUUCAUUUUUGAGAGCACAGCUGACUGACAAUCAUUUAUUCUAAAUGUACUGAAUGCAUAAAAGAUUGGCAACAAAGGAAAGAUAAAAAACAAAUUAUUAAGACUAAGACUGUUGUUAACGAUAAAAUCUUGAGCACCCACCACUCUCCACUGUGCUGUCUUGGCACAGAUGUAAAAUAUGUUAUCAAAAUUUGAACGUCUUUCUUCCUUCUUUCUUUUUUUUUUAGAUAUUUUUUGGGCCAUAUUCAAGGCAUUAUUGAUAGUGAGAGACAGGGUGAAGGGGGGAGACAACGGGGAAGACAUGCGGGAAAGGGCCCAGAGCCGGAUUCGAACCAGGGCUCGCCCCUCUUCCUACUUUCUUAAGGGAAAACUAGAGAAUAAAUAACAGUCUAAGUCCGCCUUUAAUAUUUGUUAUGUACAACUUUUUUCAAUAGCAAUUACUGAUACAUUUUACUUACCUCUGUUAUAAUUUUGUUCCAUAAUUGAUGUACCUGUUGAAUGUAUUUUUUAUAAGCAGCAUAAUCUAAAUCUGAGAUGCAACAAUUCCAAGUGAUUUUAAACUGAUGUAGUUUGAUUUUUUUUUUUUUUUUUUUUCCAGUUUCAAAGGCUUUACUUGAAUGUGUUUUUGUUCGAGUGGUAUUCAUAUAUUAUAAGGUUUAUCCGUUAGUGGCGGAAAUGAAUCUCCUGUCACAUUAUUGUAUCACUUUGUACAUUUAUUGUUUGAUUAUUUUUUGAGUGUAUGUUGGUGAAUGAGUGGAAGGUGUUGGGUUAUGAUGAUACCUUUUUUUUCCAUAUUGAAUGAUGCUAGGACAAGUCUUCCUAAUUCUGAUGUGUAUCAUAUUUGAGCAUGAAUCUGCUGCUUUUACUACCAUCAUCAUCUCCUGUGCUUUCACGGUGGGACUCGUGCUUUCUUUUUGGGAAGAUCUUGCAGCUCUUAUUGGAUGGUUGAAAAUUGUGAGUAUUGGACAGGAAAGGUGGGGUUUGGCACGGUGUACGUCAGUGAAGGGAAGUGGAAGAUGUGAAUGAAGCAUGCCAUAUUAUUGCCAAACCAUCGCAAUUAACGUCGGUGACCUGCAUUUACCUGCUUCUUAUCCCUCCUUGUGUCAUUUACUGUUUUCAUAUUUGGUUAGAAUUGCAUCUCUAUAAUUGCAAAAUGCCUUAACAUUGUACAGCUUCAUUUAAGUUUUCUUUGUCACACAUAUCGCAUAUUGUAAACCACACCAGCUUUACAAAAAUAAAUCCGAACACAAUGCUGAUUUUAUCACUUCUGAGCUACACGAGGCUCACAUUACUGUGCUUGUUAAGUGUCCAUUUAGAUAAAUGGAUUUUAAAAAGGAGCAGAUGCUUGCUGUUGUAGUUUUUUAACUACUCCACUAUAUCUCUAAGGAUCGGAGUAAAAACAGGAGCCAUAUUCUCCUUAGUUGCAUCAUCUCACAGUGUCCUCAGCUUGACUUUAAGCAAAACACACAAGUGUCCACUAUAAGGCUGCCAUUUCACCUUGUUAUCCUUUCUGUCAUGUUUGCAGCGCUUAUAGGCAAGUAUUAAGCCAACUCUGUGCCUUCUGCACUAUCGAGCUGCAUCCUCCUCCCUGUACAUACAGUAGAUAGGACCAUAGGUUUAAUGUGGCUAGAAUGUCAUUCAAACCCUUUUCCUCUCCAGUGGAACUGCUGUAAAUUAAUUCAAGUUUAAAUAAACUGUCUCUAAAGUUCAACAUCA